AUGGUCUUUAAGAAAUUUAGUGAGCUUGAGAAUCAUCUUGAUGUUGGCGAACACCGCCGAGUGCGUGGAGGAGGCUCUGAAACGGUAUAUGACAAAGUCAGAAGAGACUAUGCAGAAAAAUUUCUUACUGUAGACUGCAAUGAGGAAAGCAACAGAACAUUAGUAGCACAUAGAGAUGACCAACUGAAGAAAUUUGAAGUUCUUGGUGCUUGCAGCGACUUACAGCUUGGCUGGGCUCUACACAAGCCGCGAAGUCAAGCGGUGCGGUCUCCUUUUGAGGUUAAACAGUACCUUACAACGAAAUUUGACCUUGGAGAGAGAACUGGAAACAAGGUGCAUCCAGGAAAAGUGGCGGCAGACAUGAGAACAGCAAGAAACAUGGAUGGUUAG